AACUCUGCAGUUUGAAGGAGUUGGCAGAGCCUCCUGCAGGAAUCGCAUCAACCUCAGUGGGGGUAAACUGUGCUUGGGCGAGGGGUGGACAAGGCGUCACUUGUUGUUGUUGUUGUUGUUGUUGUUGUUGUUGCAGUCUUGUCUUGGAAAGUGAUUUAGAGAUGCAGAGCUGCGCCAAGUCCUGGGGGAUCUUCUUGGCCAAGUCGGUGAAUCCCAGCGCACCGUGCAGGCAUCUGAGUGACAAGAGCCGCGUGGCUUGGAAACUUCAGAGCAGGAUCCGAAACAGUGGGGCAUCCGUAACAACAGCAGCCCGGGCUCUUCGGACGUCUGCGACCGUCUCCUCCAGACAGAUAGAGAGGAUUUUACCCAGACAUGAUGAUUUUGCAGAGAGGCAUAUCGGUCCAGGUGAGAGGGAGAAGAGAGAAAUGCUGGAUGCUCUGGGACUUGAGACGAUCGACCAGUUGAUCGAAGACACAGUUCCAGCAUCCAUCCGCAUACAGCGGAGUAUGAAAAUGGAUGAUCCAGUCUGUGAGAAUGAGAUUUUGGAGUCUUUACAGAAGAUUGCAGCACAGAACAAAGUAUGGAGGUCCUACAUCGGGAUGGGCUACUACAACUGCUCAGUACCACCACCCAUCCAGCGUAAUCUCCUGGAGAAUUCAGGCUGGGUGACUCAGUACACACCCUACCAACCCGAGGUCUCCCAGGGUCGCCUAGAGUCACUCCUCAACUACCAGACCAUGAUCUGUGACAUCACAGGCAUGCCUGUGGCCAACGCAUCCUUGCUGGACGAGGGAACAGCCGCCGCUGAGGCCAUGCAGCUCUGCCACAGACAGAACAAAAAAAGGACAUUCUACAUUGACCCACGAUGCCAUCCUCAGACCAUUGCUGUGGUGCAGACUAGAGCCAACUACAUUGGAGUGAAAACUGUGCUGAAGCUGCCUCAUGAGAUGGACUUUAGUGGGAAGGAUGUGAGCGGUGUGCUCUUCCAGUAUCCAGACACUGAUGGCAAGGUUGAAGACUUCACAGCCCUCGUGGACCGGGCACACAAAGGAGGGGCUCUGGCUUGCUGUGCCACAGAUCUUUUGGCUCUUUGUGUGCUGCGUCCUCCAGGUGAGUUUGGCGUUGACGUCGCUCUGGGCAGCUCCCAGAGGUUUGGGGUUCCGCUCUGUUAUGGUGGCCCCCAUGCUGCUUUCUUUGCUGUCAAGGACCGCCUGGUACGGAUGAUGCCAGGCAGAAUGGUCGGAGUCACCAGAGAUGCAACUGGUAAGGAAGUGUAUCGACUUGCUUUGCAAACCAGAGAGCAGCACAUCCGGAGAGACAAAGCAACCAGCAACAUCUGCACUGCACAGGCUCUCCUGGCAAACAUGGCUGCUAUGUUCGCACUGUAUCAUGGUCCACAAGGACUCAAACACAUCGCUGAGCGGACUCAUAAUGCUGCUCUAAUUCUUGCAGAAGGUCUAAAGCGAGCAGGACACAGGCUGCACAGUGACAUGUUCUUCGACACUCUGAAGAUCAACUGUAGCGUCGCAGCCAAAGACAUCUAUGAGAGAGCUGUGCAGAGAGAGAUUAACCUGAGAGUCUACAACGAGGGAGUGGUGGGUGUCUCUCUGGAUGAGACAGUGACUGAAAGGGAUUUGGAUGACUUGCUCUGGGUCUUUGGCUGUGAAUCCUCAGCUGAGCUGAUAGCUGAGAAGAUGGGCGAGCGGGUGAAGGGGAUCAUGGGAAGUCCUUUCAAGAGGACCAGCAAGUACCUGACCCAUCAGGUCUUCAACAGUUAUCACUCUGAAACCAACAUUGUGCGAUACAUGAAGCGUCUGGAGAACAAGGACAUCUCCCUGGUGCACAGCAUGAUCCCACUGGGCUCCUGCACGAUGAAGCUGAACAGUUCCUCAGAGCUAAUGCCAAUCACCUGGAAGGAGUUUGCCAACAUCCACCCCUUCGUGCCUCUUGAUCAGGCUGACGGCUACCAGAAGCUGUUCAGACAGCUGGAGAGGGACCUCUGUGAGGUGACGGGCUACGACAACAUCUCCUUCCAGCCAAACAGUGGAGCUCAGGGAGAAUACGCCGGUCUGGCUGCCAUAAAAGCCUACCUGAACUCAAAGGGAGAGAGUGCAAGAAGUGUCUGUCUGAUCCCCAAAUCAGCCCACGGCACCAACCCAGCCAGUGCUCAGAUGGCUGGCAUGAAGGUUCAGGUUGUGGAGGUGGACAAAGACGGCAACAUUGACCUGGUACACCUCAAGGCCUUGGUGGAUAAACACAAGGCAAGUCUGGCAGCCAUGAUGAUCACCUAUCCGUCCACCUUUGGUGUGUUCGAGGAGUGUAUCGGAGAUAUUUGUGCUCUUAUUCACGAGAACGGUGGCCAGGUGUACCUGGAUGGUGCUAACAUGAAUGCUCAGGUGGGUCUGUGUCGUCCUGGAGAUUACGGCUCUGACGUGUCUCACCUCAAUCUGCACAAAACCUUCUGCAUCCCUCACGGUGGAGGAGGGCCCGGCAUGGGGCCAAUCGGAGUGAAGGCCCAUCUCGCACCAUUCCUGCCGAGCCACCCGGUGGUUGCCAUGCAAUCCGUCAACACCGGCAGCUCGCUGGGCACCAUCAGCGCCGCCCCCUGGGGCUCCAGCGCCAUCCUGCCGAUCUCCUGGGCUUACAUCAAGAUGAUGGGCUCCAAAGGACUGCUUCACGCUACAGAGGUGGCCAUCCUCAAUGCCAACUACAUGGCCAAGAGACUAGAUGGUCACUACAAGGUGCUGUUCAGAGGCAGAAAAGGUUUUGUCGCCCACGAAUUCAUUCUGGAUGUGAGGCCAUUCAAGAAGACGGCUAAUAUUGAGGCUGUGGACGUGGCCAAGAGGCUGCAGGAUUAUGGUUUUCAUGCUCCCACCAUGUCAUGGCCGGUCUCUGGCACCCUCAUGAUUGAGCCCACAGAGUCAGAGGACAAGGCAGAGAUGGACCGGUUUUGUGACGCCCUGCUCGGUAUCCGACAGGAGAUUGCAGACAUCGAGGAAGGAAGGAUGGAUUCCCGCAUUAAUCCGCUGAAGAUGGCUCCUCACUCUCUGGCCUGCAUCGCCUCCUCCACCUGGGACAGACCUUACUCGAGGGAGCACGCUGCUUUCCCCCUGCCUUUCAUCAGGCCCGAGACCAAAUUCUGGCCAAGCAUCUCCAGGAUCGAUGAUAUCUACGGAGACCAGCACCUGGUGUGCACCUGCCCGCCCAUGGAGGCCUACGAGUCUCCGUACGAGGAGAACAGAGCCUCCUCGUAGACGCUCCCCAUGCUCCACAUCAUGUCUGGCCCGAGACCUCUAAAACCUCACAGACUCAACAUCCAUUUACUCAGUAAAAAUAACGUGGGAGCUCAGAACUGUUCUAGGUAAAAGGUGAUCCUCAUACUUUAUUUUUUUAGCUCAGUCAAACUGUUUUGACAUUUGCUCACAAAUAUCUCAAAACAUAUAUUCUCAUGCUCCUAGUGUGUCGUGAAAAUAGACAGUCUUUGCUGAUAUUCCCUUCUUCCAGCUUUGUCAAAGUCAGUUCGUUAGAUCAUUUAAGACUUGUCUGUUUUUUAAUAUUAGUGCCCAAUAAAUUGUGAUUCAUCCCCUCAUGUAGAGCCUGUAGGAAACUUUUAACACAAAUGGGUGUUAACGUCUGUGAGGUGGACAUGGAGAUCAGGCUUUAUGGGGUUUCCCUCCUUGAACUUUUUCAAUGGACCAAAAGGUGCUACUUUUACUAAGUAGGUGCACCCUACCAGACUGAGGCAGCUUUGUAACACAUCUCAGAAAAACUGUGCUUUAAGCAGGGUACGGAUCAAUUUUAGACUCCACAUCGAAAAAGCUCUCAGUGCCUCAGUUUCUGUCGUGUCAAACUGCCUCGACUCUCCCCCUUUUUUCCCCAAAACUUGACAUCAUAGGAGGUACUUUACUGUAGACCUUUUUUAAAACUAUGUUAUGUUUUCUGACAAUGUUUUAAUAUUCAUUGUGACAUAUGUUGUAAGAAUAGGAGAUAGACUUAAUGUUAAAUUAAUUCUUUUCUAAUCUACAUUGUUGUCUUUAGAAAUGUUUCUGUAUUAAACGCUUGUCAUUAAAUUUGUUGAUGUAUGAAGACAAGUUUUGCAAUGCUGCCACCUAUUGGGGACUUCUAUUUGUUUCAUGAACUUCGUUGCCCAGCAAGUCGUAAAAAUGAAAAAUAAUUGAAAUCAUAAGUUUCUCAAAGCUGGCACAUUAAAAUAUACAUUGUUCUGUUUGACUUUAAAGCUCAGAUCUGAGAAAGAUUUACUCUCAGAAGAUGGAAAAACAGGCUUGUUAUUUUUUACCAAAAACGAAGAGCUUGAGCGUUUUCCCCCAUGAAUAUAUUCUGAGUGAGGAAUGCAACUGAAAUAAAGAUUGUGAUACAUUA